CAAUCGGAAGUUUUAUCAAUUUUUUAUUCAACAAUUUAUCUCAUCGACCUUGAACGAGUGACGUUGAGGAAUCAAUUGUCUUUCGGGAAUUGUAUAGUGUUUGCCUUGGAUUAAGUAAAUGAUAAUGGUGCGGCGCUUGGCGGUGUUUGGCUUGGGCCGUAUAGGAGCCCUCCAUUUAAAGAAUCUACGCUGGAAUCCUCGUUCGGAGAUCAUCUAUUGCGUCGACGAAUCUGUUGAGAGAAUGGAAUAUAUAAAACAUCAUCUGAAACUGAAGGAAACUCUAUUCCUAAAACCCUCACAAGCAGAUAUCGUUUUUCAAGAUGAAAGCAUCGACUGCAUCCUGGUUCUGACACCUGCCAUUUCACACGAAGAAUUGGUCUUGAAAUCUCUCAAUUCAGGUAAAGUUGUGUUUUGUGAGAAACCUUUGGCUACAACUGAAGAAGGCAUAAGAAGAUGUUUGGAGAGAGCGAAAAAAUUAUCUUUGCCAAUAUUAUGUGGAUUCAACAGACGUUUCGACCCGGGACUGCGGAGUCUGAAAGAGAGGGUGGAUUCGGGUGAGAUCGGAAAAGUACACGUGAUCAAAAUGUCCUGCAGAGAUUCCCCAAGAUCUCCCAUAUCCUACUUGAA